GCUCCCCCAGCACCACAACCGCCGUGUGCGUUCAUUCAGAGGCCUCUUGCUGUCCCCGUGUGUGCAGCCGCCUCGUUGCACCUCAUAACGUAGGAGUAAACGAUUUCUGAUCGCUGCCCGCAAGACAUCGACGGUGCCGCUACCCGUUGGGCUCUUCAUCCACGCCCUGCUGAACCCCAUAACAACAGCGCCCUUCCCAGCUCUGCCCACACCUUCUCCUACAACACCACCCUCAACUACAGGUCAGCCUCCUCCAGGUUGAAUUGCUAGCAACCAUGACGACAAUGGAUCUCCGUGUCGGCAACAAAUACAGAAUUGGCCGCAAGAUUGGUAGCGGCUCUUUCGGUGACAUCUACCUAGGUACCAAUAUCAUCUCCGGUGAGGAGAUCGCCAUCAAGCUCGAGAGCGUCAAGGCCAAGCACCCUCAGCUCGAGUAUGAGGCUCGCGUCUACAAGUCGCUCGCUGGCGGUGUCGGCAUCCCGUUCGUGCGAUGGUUCGGUACCGAGUGCGACUACAACGCCAUGGUCUUGGACUUGCUCGGCCCCUCCCUGGAGGAUCUCUUCAACUUCUGCAACCGCAAGUUCUCUCUGAAGACCGUGCUUCUCCUGGCCGAUCAGCUCAUCUCCCGCAUUGAGUACAUCCACGCCAAGUCGUUUAUCCACCGUGAUAUCAAGCCGGACAAUUUCCUCAUGGGCAUUGGUAAGCGCGGCAACCAGGUCAAUGUCAUCGAUUUUGGACUCGCCAAGAAGUACCGCGAUCCCAAGACGCACUUCCACAUCCCAUACAGAGAGAACAAGAACUUGACUGGUACCGCCCGCUAUGCCAGCAUCAACACUCACUUGGGUGUCGAACAAUCCCGCCGUGACGACAUGGAGUCUCUUGGAUACGUCAUGCUCUACUUCUGCCGUGGAUCUCUUCCCUGGCAGGGCCUGAAGGCGGCCACGAAGAAGCAAAAGUACGACCGCAUUAUGGAGAAGAAGAUGACCACCCCCACCGAGGUACUCUGCCGUGGCUUCCCCAACGAGUUUGCCAUCUACCUGAACUACACCCGUUCCCUCCGCUUCGACGACAAGCCCGACUACUCGUACCUCCGCAAGAUCUUCCGCGAUCUCUUCGUCCGUGAAGGCUUCCAGUACGACUAUGUCUUUGACUGGACCGUCUACAAGUACCAGAAGAACGCCCAAGCCAUCGCUCAGGCAGCCAACCAGGGCCAGGGCGAGGAGGACGACAAGGGCCGUGGACGUCACGUCACCACCACUGCGGCUGCCAACGCUGGCACUGCGGCGGGUACCAAACGCGGACCUGUCAAUGCACGCCAGGAGGGCACCGGAAUGUGA